GAAUCACUUAUACAAAUACUGAAAGGAAGUCAACAUGGCUGUCAAAUAGACAAGUUUCUCGUACUGACACAAUGAAAAUAGUUUUUCUAUAUGAUUAAAUAUGUAUUUCCCUGUUGGGUGGCCAAAAUACAUAAAACAACCUUGCAGCGAUCUAAGGGAACCAUGUCAUAUAAUUUCAAGUUGCGAUCGCAUGCUGUUUGCGAUUGUCUCAGAAGAAGAAAUAAGCAUUUGGUAUUGCAAGCCAGCGGUUCAGAUAGUCAGUUACACUCAGUCAGAGAAAAGUCUUGAAAAAUAUGGAAGAUAUUGUAAAGCAGAAUGGAAACCAGAUUCAGCUGCCUUGGCUGUCAUAACAAGCAAUGCUUAUAUCAUUUUGUUCAAAGUUGACCUUGACAUCUCAGUGCCAAACCAUCAUUGUCUAUAUGUGACAGCAGAAACCAGCAGUAGGGCUCAUAAUUACCUGGAAGGGAAUGGAUUAGUGGAUUGUAACAGUGUACCAGCAAUAAAACUAACACUGCAGAAACAUGUGAAACUUUCAGCUAGCAUAACAUGUUGUCUGAGUAUACGAGAGGAAUUGGCUGUAGCUACAGAGGACGGUUUUCUCACUCGUAUUCACUGGAGCGGAACAGAAAAUACCAAAGCAUCAGUAUGUCUAAAAGACUUAUCUGUAGCAGCAGAUAUGCUUCAGUCAAGAGGAAACAAGUUAACAUUAGAAGAUGGUCAUGUUGUACAGAUGGAAUACAGUCCUAUUAUUGGAGGAUAUUGUCUCGUGUUGUCCUCAGGAAAGGCCAUGUUGAUGAUGUCACUGUCAGCAAGAGGCAAUGAUAGUAAUUCAUCAGGUGUAUGGGCAACAAACAUGACAGAUGCUGUAUGUCAGACUGUGAAUCAUAGAUACAGGUUGAUAGCAUAUGGCUGUGCAGAUUCACAUGGUGUGAUAUAUUCUAUCAAUGAAGUAGAAGGGUUGCUGGAGUCCACACAUAAACUACAGGUGUCCUGCAAAAACUUUCCUAUAUUAAGUAAGACAGUUGGGGCAGUUACAUGUAUGAGAUGGACACCAGAUGGUACAGCAUUAGCUAUGGCAUGGAAGAAGGGAGGUUUUGCCCUGUGGAGUGUAUUUGGAUCUCUACUUGCAUGUACUGUAGGGGGAGAUUAUAGAUUUGAUAAACAGAUAUCCGAAUGUAAUGACUGUAGUUUUACCAAAGAUUACCUUCGAUUAUUUCCACCAUCUGUGAAAUCAAUGGAAUGGGGGUUAGAAGGGUACCAGUUAUGGAUGAUUGGUUCCCAGUGUAAUGAAGGAGAUGAGAAUGGCCAGUAUGCUACAGUAGAUCACACAGACAUAAUACAGCUACAAUUUGCCAAAAGUUCUCUCACUGUAAAUCCUUGCAUGGCAAAUCAUGAACAUGUGUUUCUACAAGGAGAGGACAAGUUGUAUUUAAACACUGGUGAUAUCACAUCAAAAUCUAGUCAGUAUGGUGGAUGUGAAUCACAUAUUCUAGUGGGCAGCAAACAAUGGCAAAUUAUACCUAUCUCACAUAGUUACCUGGCCAGUAAUUGGCCUAUCAGGUAUGCAUGUGUAGACAAGGCAGGUCAGUGUGUUGCAGUGGCCGGUAAAACAGGGUUAGCUCAUUAUGCACUAUUUAACAGGAAAUGGAAACUUUUUGGGAAUGAAACUCAGGAAAGAGAUAUGGUUGUAUCAGGAGGGGUGACAUGGUGGAAGGAUUUUAUUUGUGUGGCCUGUUAUAAUAUUAUAGGUCAUAGAGAUGAGAUUCGGUGUUACCCAAGGGAAAGUAAAUUAGAUAAUACAUUUGCUAAUAUACAGAAAGUUCCCUCUCAAGUUUUGUUGAUAAAUAUAUUCAAGGACACAUUGUUAGUGUUUUGUGUAGACUCUCAUGUUAUGAUAUUCAAUCUGGAGAGGACCAAUACUCAAUCAACUCCUUCAGUAGAAAUAUCAAAAAUUCAAGAAGUUGGCCUCAGUAAUUAUAUACCCCACCCAGUCUGUGUAACAGGCAUUGUUUUUACAUCUCUAAAAAUAGAUAUUGCACCUCUAGUAGCUAGUCAGCGACCAGUACAAUCAGCCAAAGAUUCUGAAAGUUUAUUAUUGAAUGUGGCCGGAAAACUUCUUGUCUUUCAACGAGAUAGAACAGGGCCUCAGAUCAAACAGAAAGAAAAAUCACCACAAAAAGCUAAACCUUUGCCUUUUUCAUCACCUUCAGUUGUGGCAACAAAUGUUGAGAAUUUAUGGACCACAUCACGAUCAGUGACAGGAAAACUGCAGCUUACAGAAGCAUUGUGGUUGAGCUGUGGAUGCCAUGGCAUGAAGGUAUGGUUACCACUUCUCCCGAAGAAUGAUGGGCAAGCACAUAAUUUUAUGUCUAAACGUAUUAUGCUCCCAUUUAGGGUGGAUAUAUACCCUCUAGCUGUGUUAUUUGAAGAAGCUGUGAUACUAGGAGUAGCCAGUGAUGCCUCAAUGUUACGUUAUAAUUCUACAUCAUCAUUCUGUCAUCCUAGUAGACAUCUACAUGACCUUCCUUAUUGCUCUAUAGAGAGAACUAGUCAAGUCUAUCUACAUCAUAUUCUUAAACAGCUCUUAAAGAGAAACCUUGGUGUUCAAGCGCUAGAUUUAGCGAGGUGCUGUACUGAGCUGUCAUAUUUUUCACAUGUAUUGGAGCUGUUACUUCAUGAGGUACUGGAAGCUGAGGCUACUUCAAAAGAACCCAUUCCAGAUCCUCUAUUACCACGUGUUGUAGCAUUUAUUCAAGAGUUCCCAGAGUAUCUGCAGACAUUUGUUCAGUGUGCAAGGAAAACUGAGGUUGCUCUAUGGCCACAUUUGUUCACAACUGUUGGAAAUCCGAAAGACCUAUUUGAGGAGUGCCUUAUAAGUGCAAGAUUAGAGACUGCAGCAUCAUAUCUCAUAAUAUUACAGAAUCUGGAAAAACCCAUUGCCAGUAGACAGCAUGCCACAUUAUUGCUAGACUCAGCUAUAGAGGACCGACAGUGGGAACUAGCCCAGGAUCUAGUCAGAUUUCUCAAGGCUAUUGAUCCAAAUGAUGCUGAUGUGUCCCCACCUCUGGUAUUUAACCAGGGUAAAGUUCAAUCUUGCUCAUACAUUGGUAGUCCCGCAAUGCCGAGGGAGGAGUGUGAUUUUACCUUUAGUAGUGUGAGUAACGUCAGCCGGAUCCGGAGCUCAAGUGUCACGGCAGAAUCGGCUGUUAGAGAGGCGUCAAAGGAAAAGGUCAAAUUAACACAUACAAAGUCUGAUAAUCAGAUGAUCUCAAAAAGACCAUCACCUCGACCAGUACAGCCUAACUCCACUGCUGACCAAGUCUAUAUAGAUACAAUACUGUUCAGACAUGCAAGAAAACUUCUCUCAUCUAACAGACUUCAAGAUCUAGGAUCUUUUUCAGCAAAUAUAAGAGACUUUCAGCUUGUAGCGUGGUUGAAAAAAGAAAGACUACGUUCUGGUAAAGUAGAGGACUUUGUGAGUGCAUUACGAGAUAUUCAUCACCAGUUUGAAUGGCCAUUACCUGUUUUAUCACUAUCAGCAUUUCAACAACUCAAAAGUAAAGCAUAUUCUAGCACAAGCCUAGCAUCAUUAUCUCUGCUAGAUGAUGACACACAUAAUGGUAGUUACACUGGUCAGAACAAUACACUAGUGCCACAGGUGGUAGAUAAUGAGGGCAAAGGGAGACCACUCCCAAAGAAUGCAAGUUUUGUAUCAACAGAAAUGUCAGAUGAAAUUGUACUGAAACCACAAUUGUCAAAAGCUGAUGACAGUAGUUUAGCCACCCUGGAAGUUUCUGAUACAAGUUCAUUGUUUGGAGACUUUGAAUUUCUUGCUGACUCAAGCAGUAGUUUAGAUAGUCUAUCACCAGAACUAGAACUUCUCUCACAGGAGAUCAUUUCUAAGGGACCAGGACAGUCAGAACUUGAACUCAGGUAUUUGUUUCAAGUAAUGUUGGAAGGAGGCUGCUUGGAGUGGGCGUUGAUAAUAUCAAUAGUGUUAAGAGAUUCGUCAUCUGUGAUAAGGACAAUCAAUACUGCCAGUAUGACAGACACACCUCUUGAGACCGUGGCUAGAAUGAGGGAGGGGCUAUCUUACCUGGAGCUGUGGUCAGAUACUGAAUGUGUUGGAUACAAGCCAUUUUUACAUGCAAUAAGAAGUCAAAUUCAAGUGCUGACCAAGAUAGCAGAACAGGCUCCUCCUACACUUAAACUAAAUGCAGACAUAGACAGUGCCCCGGCUACAGUUGAGGAGGGAAAUUUGUCUCCGGGAACCAUGUCUAUACAUGAAGGUCAGGGUGAGGUGGACUCACCACCUGUGCAAGAACCACACAAACAGAAUGAAUGUGCUGUAUCAUGAUGUAGUAAAUGUUACCUGAGUGCUCUGGCAUUAUUAAGCUAUCAUUUUAUAUGUGUCAUUAAAGUGUUACGGUACAUAUGUGUUACAUUCUGUAAGUUAUUAACAUUCAUAAGUGCUACAAAUAGUGAUUAUUACUAACAACCCAUGUGUAGAUCAAUCAAAUCAACACUUAAGAUGUAUGUAACUAAAUAUGAUCACAUAUGCCAAUGUUCAUAUGGAGUAUCAGUUUUAAAAUAACAUACAGUUGAAAUGAUAAAAAAGAAUAUGUAAAAAAGUUUUCCCUACAAGAACCCAGCAAUUGAUAGGUCAAGCACAGGGUUUUCCAAGGAUCUGCCUUAGCAAGCAAAAUAUACUGUAAAUACUAAAAGAUUAAAAGUUUAUCACAAAGCAGACACUGAUUAACAAGUAUUACAUUUUUCAAAUAUUGUUGGAACUAUCAUUUAUCAUUUUUCCCCCUAAAUGAUAAUGCCCCAAAAUUUAUUAACACUGAAGUUUGAUAAACUAAGUAAAGGAAAGUUUGAUGACAGAGUUCUAAAAGAUACUAUUUGUUGCUGGUUAUUCUUAAUAAUGUUUUAAUUGAAGAGAAAACUGAAAGAUGCCUUUCUGUCUAAGAGAAAUACUACAUGAUUUUUUGGAUUUUUUUAAUAUUUUGAAGAAUCUGUUAAUGCGCUUUCUUCAUUUUACUAAAACUAUAUAUUUUGGGCAUGCCAAGAAAUGAUCUCAAUGGAAAAGAAUAUUUUAAGCAUUCCUAAAGUCAUUUAAAAGUACCCCAUUUAAUUAAAAAAAGACAAAAAGUUAUAAAAAAUUGACUGGGUAACUGGAAGAGGUCCAAAAUUAUCAAGAAUUAUUUUCAUAUUAGUUAAUAUGUAACAGAAUUCAUUACUUCAUAUUUCACACAUAUAUAUAUAAAUUGAUUUUAAAGAAUGAAAACUGUAAUAAAUGUGUUCUACCAUUAAUGCUUUCAAUUUAUCAUUGGUGAUUAGUUCUGAGUUAAUAGUUGAAAUGUUAUAUUAUGUAGACAAGUCUGAAAAUACUAGCUUUUGAUUGGUUGAUUUAAAAUUGUUUAUUAGGAUUAUCCAAUGGAAUGAAUGUAUUAAUGGACUGGCUUCCUUGUUAUAUGAUAUUUAAACUACAUUUGUAGUGUAUCAAGACUAUAACUCCACAUUUUAUACAUGUGUCAUAUUAUUUUAUUAUAUACAAUUAUCAUUAAAUCACUUAGUAACAAAUUAAUAUUUCAUAAAAAAUUCCUACAGGUCAUGUGUUUAGUUCCAUCAUACAGUUCUCUGAUGCACUGGUCAUUCUAACUAUGGCCCUGUACCCAUUAAAUAAUGUGACUUUACUUUUUGGAUCAUUCUUUCAAGUAGAGGCCUGACCAUUAGAGAAUAUUCAGAGUGGAAAAAAAGUAAUUUCACUGCUACUUUGGUGCCUAAGUAAAAACAACAGAAUUAACCUGGUAUUAGGGUAAAAUCAUGGCUCUUGCCUGAUGCUGUCCUCCACACUGUUCUGGGGUUGCAGAAUACAUGGUUAAAAUUGAAUAGUGUAUUACGUUCAGAUAUUUUACAGUACAUUGUUGGUUCAAGAUAUGUUCCAGAUAUUUUACUGCUUAAUGUUAUGUCAAAUAUGUUCUUUUGACAUUUGUCCUAUUGCAGACCUACAGUGCAACCACUCAAGAGUGGCCCUCUGUCAACCACUCAAGAGUUGCCCUCUGUCAACCACUCAAGAGUUGCCAUCUGUAUUUUUGCUCUCCAAAUUUUACUUUUCAAUUGUGCCUCUUGAAUAAAUUUAUUAUGAGAUGUAAGAUUUCUCUCACUUCAUUAUCAUUAAAAAAAAACACAUCUUCGAUACACAUAUCAUGAAACAAAAUAGCCCCUUGUAGUCAUAUUAUUUUAUAUUCCUUAAAUUUGUUGAUGCUAAUUAAGUGUUUGACAAUGCACUUAUAAGUAGUAAAUAUUCUAGGAGUGAUGGCAUUCUUCUUAUAGUAGAUGGUAGAGUAAAUGUUACAUCAUAUGUGCCAUAUUAUAUAAAUGGAAUUUUUUUUCAAUGUCAUUUCGUUUAUUCUGGUACCUUAUUUCUGUAGAAAAAGUUUUGAAAUUAUUUAGAGAUUCUGGCAUCUGUACAAGAUGGACGGACAUCUUUUAUACAAUUAUUCAUCUAGAAAGCGAAUACAUAAACAAUGCUCUUCUUUCUAUGAGUGAAAAUGUAAAAUUCUGUAUAAUAGUUUGAAGGUAGUGUUGUCAAGUGCUUUUUUCUGUUACAUGCAUUGAUUUAUUGUUAAUUAAUUCAUAAAACUCUUUGUGGCCGCAAAAUCUUCAUCUAUGACUAGUGCAGACCAAGAACAGCCGGCACUUGUCUUAUGUCUGAUCAAAGUCUGCACAUGUUUGCUAUUCAGUUAGUACAUAUUUUGAAUAUUUUCUAAAAGUUAUGAAUGUUUUGUUCAGAUUGGAAAAUGGUCAUGUCCAUUUAAGAUAUUUAGCAUGAUGAAAAGUGUUAAAGAUAUUACAAAGUUUGUACAGAAAUUUUGUGAAUACAUUUAUACAUGCAUGUUGCAUUUAUAUUUCUGCUAUGAUCUAGAAGAUGUUGAGUUAAAUUAGUGAAAUGUUGUGUACAUUGCUGUGAUAUGAUUUUAUUUAUGUUUGAACCCACUUUGUUUCAGCUGCCACAUUGUUGUUUUUUUUUUAUAUCUUUAAUGAAACUGAUUUAACUAACAGAUGACACCUUAGUUAGUUAAAAUGUUAUAUGUUAAACAUGAUUUGAGCCGCGUCACGACAAAACCAACAUAGUGUGUUUGAGACCAGCAUGGA